AGCAGGUGGGUGGCGUGGGGGAGUCUGGAUGAGUGCUGGGACCACAGCUCCAUGCCGAUAGCCAGCAGCAGCGGACGGCCGCAGAGUGCGUGAGGAGCCGUCAAAGGACACAGGAUGGUGGGCUGUGGGAGACCCUCAGAGCACAGCGUAGAGGAAGUACGAUGCACGGAGGGAGUUCCUGCGGUGAAACCCUGGUUCCCCCACAAGGCCUUCUGGGUGAGCGUGGUGGUCUGUCUGCUCGUGGUCUUGAUCGCUCUGGCGUUGACAGGCAACCUGGGUAACUCCGGGAUGCUGGAAGACCCUGCCCAGUCUAUACACAUUGUCCGAAUCACCGGUCCCGAUCCAACUGGCACUGUGAUCAACCAAUCAACAGUAGUGGACAAGGAGAAUGACCUGGUGACCUUUUCAGUGACCUCACCGUCAAACCUCUCCUCCACUGUGCUCUUUGAUGUCAAACAUGGGCUGGUUUGUUACAAACCGGCCAACCAGGAGAGCUGCUUCCUGCGUGAAAUGGACCAAUCGGAUUACCAACGUGUUGGCUCCGUCCUGCCCGAGUCAACGCACCAGAUGAGCCAGUUCCAGCUGUCUGGGAGUGAGAUCCACAGACAGACUGAGUUCCUGGGGGUGCUGGGGGGCCACGGGGUCAACGUGUCCACCCUGGAGGAGCCCUUCCAGGCCCUGUGUCGGGACAGCCCGGUCCACUGGACCAGGAGGGCAGAGGGCCCGGGGCGACAGAGACUCGUCUACUUCUGCAUCGACAUCUGCUUCCCCAGCAACAUCUGCGUGUCCGUGUGCUUCUACUACCUUCCUGAGUGACCUUCUGCACCCCUCACCAGAACACCCCUCUGUCCCUCCCUGCACCCUCACCUUUAUCACACAGCAAAAGCACCACCUUCGCUCCACACAAGCCUCAUCAGGAGAGAUGAGUAGCCUCAGGCUCUCUCCUUCCCAACACACACACACACACACACACACACACUAGGAGAUGAUGCAGACGUCAUUAUUCUCUCCUUAACCCCUCGUCAUGUUGUAAUGCCUCUUCCCUGGUGGCCCAAGAUCCUGUUUACCGUUAACCAUUAUUAUAGAGAUGCAGUGUUUUUAUCUUGCCAAUAAAUAUUUGUUGUGUAA